CAGCGACAAUCGUUCACGCAUUCACAAUGCUCGUCUCCGUGCUCUUCGGCAUUGCGGCACUAAGUGUGUCGCCGGCCGCUUGUCAACCAGCUGUGACGUUGAACGUUGAGCAAAAGGCGCCCGUGGGUGCUUCGAAGCUCGUCGACUCGUCUUUCCCGAGCUUUGCGAUCCAGGGGAGCUCCUUUGCGUCGUACACGGGCAACGCGUCUCAUCCAAACACCUUUUCGCGCAACCUGAUCCGCGCCGUCGAGGAGCGCACCGGCGGCCCUCUAGUCGUCCGCGUCGGCGGCACCAACACGGACAACUCCAACUUCAACCCCGCGCAGGCACAGCCCGUCACCCCCCCGCAGGUCGGCGCCGGCAUCGGGCAAAAGUUCGUCUUCGGGCCCGUCUUCUACGAGGGCUUCCGCAACUGGGGCCCCCGCACGCGCUGGGUGUACGACGUGCCGUUCGCGCGGAGCAACAAGACGGGCUCGCAGCUGGAGGCGCGCGCGGCCGUCGACGGCAUCGGGCUCGCCAACCUCGAGCCCCUCGAGAUCGGCAACGAGGUCGACCUGUACGCCAGGCAGGGCGCGCGACCCGCGGGGUACGGGCCCGUCGAGUUCGUGGCCGACUGGCGCGCGUACGCGGACUGGCUCGUCGGCGUGCUGGGGUUGCCCGCGGGGGGGCGGUCGUUGUUCCAGACGUUGACGCUGUCGUCGGCGCAUGCGGCGCCGUUUCGCGCGUACAUAUAGGGGUGAAAGAAAGGAAGGAGGAUUUCCCUUGGAGUGAGUGAAAGGAGAGCUAACGUUGCGGUCGAUGAACGAAGGCGAUCCGUCUUCGAAGCUGGCAUCACAGACGGCAACAACUUGGUCAAAUCCGUAUCUCUCCACCACUACGAGUACACAAACACCACGACGGGGCUGCAGUGUUGGUACCCCUGAACAGCGUUCUGGAUUUGAUGUCGGAUACUGUGGCGAACUGAACUAACUUGUAUAGCGACUCUUAUGAACCACACCUUUGUCAAGGACGGAUUAAACGACUACCUCCCCGACAUCGAGUACAUGCACGAGAAAUACCCCGACGUGCAGGUCGUCCUCGGUGAGUCCGGGCGGUACACGGACACGCAGAGCUCCGUCGACCAGUCCGAAGGCAUCUUUGGGUCCGCGCUCUGGACAGCC